UUCAAGAAUGUCAAUACAAUUUUUGUUUCAAAAGAAUUAAGAGUAACUAUUUUUUAAAAUAUUUAUAAUACAAUACAAAAAUGAAGGAAAUAGAGAAUGAAAACAUAAAACAUUUAAGAAACUAUAUACUCUGUCCAAACAUUUCCAUACAUGAUCCCUUGCCCAGUAUCAUUCCACGGAAAUUAGAUGAAACCCGGCUCUUCAACUUGCCUCCGUGUCCGGCAAGUACUAAACUUACUCAAAAAAGGAAUUUUAUCACCGGCGAGAUCCUUGACUUUGUAGAAACUGAUGUGGAGCAUGUUGGUUCUACGGCAAAUAAUUCAAUGUCAAUGCGACGCGAACCGGAUUUGUUGGACAAAGCGACAUGGGGUUCCGAAAUGAACUUUCCAUUUUGGCCGGGGGGUCUAGAUGAACCACAAAAAGAAAUCAAACAAAGUAAAUGCGAUGAUUUCAAUUUCGACAUAGAGUUGCUGACAAUCCCACCGGGCUUUACUCAUGGCUAUGAAUUCAAGGACUCAUCACACUUUAAGAAGCCCAAUUUAAGUAAUGUUAAUCUACUGACCAAUUUGGAAGAAGAAAUCGACGUUAAAGAGUGGUUAAAGUUAACCAAAGAAGAAGAAGAAAAGAGCAAUACCAUACAAUUAAGUGGAUUUAAACAUUCUUCCAAUGAUGAUCAACUUCUUGAGGUUGAUUCUGGACCUGUUCUGGACAUAUCGAAGGUGAUGACAAAUCCUGAUGCGAAGGUUAAAUGGGCUGAAAAGGUCGAUAUCUCUCACCCAAUCACAGAUUUUAAAGAAAAAGUUCCCGCACCGGCAAUGGAAUAUCCCUUCGAAUUGGAUGUUUUCCAAAAGCAAGCUAUUCUUAAACUCGAGGAAGGCAAAGAUGUUUUUGUAGCUGCUCAUACUUCAGCAGGCAAAACAGUCGUUGCAGAAUAUGCAAUUGCUUUGUCCCAACGUGACAUGACCAGAACUAUUUACACCUCCCCAAUUAAAGCACUCUCCAAUCAGAAGUACCGUGACUUUAAGACAACUUUCAAGGAUGUUGGUCUGAUAACAGGUGAUCUGCAAAUCGAUCCAACAUCGACGUGUCUUAUAAUGACAACGGAAAUCCUUAGAUCCAUGUUAUACUGUGGCAGUGAUAUAACCCGAGAUUUGGAAUACGUUAUAUUCGAUGAAGUCCAUUAUAUCAAUAAUCCCGAACGUGGUCAUGUGUGGGAAGAAGUUAUCAUACUGCUGCCCGACCACGUACGCAUAAUAAUGUUAAGUGCUACCGUUCCCAAUACCAUGGAACUCGCCAAUUGGGUUGGCAGCACAAAAAAGAGAAUGGUUUAUGUUAUCAGUACGGAGAAAAGACCCGUGCCAUUGAUGCACUAUCUCUACACAGGUUGUGGUGGGAAGAGUAAAAAUGAUAAUUUUCUGAUUGUGGACGCCAAUGGCAAAUUUCUUGAGGAUGGCUAUGCUCAGGCAGUUUUAAAGAAAAAAGAAUCCACAAGCAGUAAAUCCAAAGGUGGAGGAGGCAAACAAAUAGGCUCUAAACAAGAUCAAAACCUUUGGGUGGGCUUAAUCGAUUUUUUGAAAAGAAAUAAUAAAAUGCCUGUUGUGGCAUUCACACUAUCAAGAAAACGCUGUGACACCAAUGCCUUUGCUUUGCAAUCUUGUGAUUUGAAUACAGCUCGAGAAAAAGGUGCUGUUCAAAAAUUCUUCCAGCAAUGUCUGAUGAAGUUAAAGCCUCCAGAUCGUAUGCUACCUCAAGUUCUGACCAUGAAGGACUCCUUAGAACGUGGAAUAGGUGUCCAUCACAGCGGUAUAUUGCCCAUUCUUAAGGAGAUUGUUGAGUUGUUGUUCCAAUCGGGAUUAGUGAAAUUACUGUUCGCAACAGAAACAUUCGCUAUGGGCGUGAAUAUGCCUGCAAGGACAGUCAUUUUUGAUUCUCAUCGAAAAUUUGAUGGUAUGGAAGUUAGGAACUUAGAACCAGGAGAAUACAUUCAAAUGGCUGGACGUGCUGGUCGUCGUGGUCACGAUGAGAAUGGAACAGUGAUUUUGCUCUGCAAACAAGACGUACCCCCAGCCAAUGAUUUACGUCCAAUGAUUUUGGGAAGUCCCCAAAAGUUACAAUCGCAAUUUUUAUUGCUCUACUCUGUUAUAUUGAAUUGCUUGAGAAUAGAAAGCAUCAAAGUGGAAGAUAUAAUGCAGUUUAGUUUCAAGGAAUUCAAUAUGAAACAACAGAUACCGGAGCAGGCAAAACAACUUAAGCUUGCUGAGGAUAAGAUCGCCUUGAUGCCGGAAUUAGGUGAACAUUUGAAGCCGUUAGUGCGAUUUUAUGUGCUUGCUUCGAAUUAUUUGAAAGAAAAAUCCCGUUUAAUGAAAUCUCUGCUUAAUCAACCAAAAGUAAGAAAAGAAAUGAAAACUGGACGCGUUUUGGUCGUCACACAGGGUCGCCACUAUAAUAAAUUGGGAAUUUUGUUAUCGAGUAAAUCAGUUGCUGGAAAAGAUACAGUUUAUAAAGUUCUCGUACUAGAUCAUCACCAAGCAUAUGAUACAAGAGAAGCACUAAAUCGUGGAGAGGCUUUUAACAAAUUGAUUUCUUUAACUCCGCAAAAUAAGUUCUUCCAACCUGACGGCAUUGGGGGUCAUACGAUUUUAGAUAUCAAAGCGGAUGAUAUUAUAGAAAUAACCAAAUCCAAUAUAAAAGUUGAUCCGGAUGUCAUAAUUCGCAAUUGGGAGCAACGUCAAAUUGAACGUUUCAGAGAUAAUCCACCGAGUACAUCGGUUGUGAAAGCGGUUUCAGAGCUUCAAAUGCUCAAUAAUAAUUACAUAGCUCAACCAGAAUCGGUAAAAUUUAUUAAUCUUACAUCAGAAGUAAAUGUGUCCGAUGGAAAUGAAAUGGCAGAAAUUCGGAAUCUGGAAAAUUUAUCGAAGCAACUAAGCGAAGUUUUGCCACAUACGAAUAUUGCUGGAUUUGAACAAGAAUUUAGUGCGGUUUACGAUAAGAAAAUCCUAGAAAAACGGAUAGAAGACUUGAAGUUUAAAAAUUCAACUAAAAACUUAUCCUUGUAUCCAGAUUAUUGUAAUAAAUUGGAAGUUCUGAGGGCUCUUAAAUAUAUUGAUGAACAAGAUGAAGUAACUCUGAAAGGAAAAGUUGCUUGUAAAAUGGGUCAAAAUGAAUUGUUAAUAACGGAAUUGAUUCUAUGUAACAUGUUCAACGAUUUGGAACCAGCUGAAAUUGCUGCAUUACUAUCAGGAUUAGUGUUUCAGGCAAAGAUUCAAGGAGAACCAGUUAUUCCAGAAAAACUAAAAAAGUGUGUAAAAGAGUUCGAAGAAAUCAACAAUAUUAUUCUAACUGAAGAACUAAGGCAUAAAGUUGUUAUGGAAACCGAAAAUCGUUUGAAUUUCGGGUUAGUUGAAGUUGUGUACGAGUGGGCAAGAAAUAAGCCUUUUGCUGAAAUUAUGAAAUUAACAGAAGUACAAGAAGGCAUUAUUGUAAGAUGCAUUCAGCAGUUAGAUGAAACACUACGUGAUGUUAAGACUGCAGCAAUUCGAAUUGGUAAUCCAGCUUUACAAAGUAAAAUGGAAGAAGCCUCAAAUGCUAUUAAAAGAGAUAUUGUGUUUACCGCAAGUUUGUAUACCGCCUUGUAAUACAAUUACUUGUGAUAUAUUAUACCAUACAUUUAUACAUAUUUGUAUUUGCAUAUUUUAAAUAAAACAAAUUAUUACGUA